AUGACGGCGAGUGUGGCAACCACUCUGGGGACGUCGACAUCAACGUCCCAGAAGGCUCUAAACAUAGGCUACUUCUGGCCUACCAUGCGACCCGACUCCACCGAAUAUGUCAAGAAUGAUGAUCGCUGCCAACGAUGCAAGCUGAUCCCUAACCUGUCUGCCGAAGUCUACCAUCCGCAAAACAAUCCAUGGCCAUUCGUGCAAUGGGCCAUAUACCUAGUGGGUCCUUUGCCACUGGCGCCUGCUAAUAAGGACAUGAUGAUUGACGCCACCGACUACUUUAUUAAAUGGAUCGAGGCUGAAGCUCUAUCCUCUACUAAAGAGAUGUGGAGAAACAUCAUCUGCCAGUUUGGCUGCCCACAGUCGCUGGUUACCAAUAAUGGCUCACAGUUCAUCAGCAAGCAGAUCACCGCACAACAGUUGCCCAUAAGCAACGUCCUUUAG